UUUUACGCAGGUGUAUUUUUAUAUCUUAAUUACUAAAAUACAAUUAUAGCAAGAGGAUGUCCGAUGCUGUGUGAUCUGAAAUUCCAAUUGGAAUGGGUCAGGGAGCGUCAUAUUUCACAACAGAAGAGCAGAAUAAGUUGUUGGAAGAAACGGUUCUCACCCCAAGAGAUCCAAGAAUACAGAAGAGAUAUUCAAAGCUUGACAAAGCAACCUCUGCUGAUGAGACUUGCAUCCCAGUAGACGAUCUCAUGAAAAUUCCAACUAUCUGGUUGCAAACUUGCACGAUUUGUUGCCGAAAAAUACGGAGGAAGUCACAAAUCUUGUUUCCGAGGGAAACAGUUUUGUUUUUUGGUGAACUCAGCUCUCAUCGAACUCCACAAGAAAGUGGAAGGACUUUUCAACUUCUUGAUGUUAAAAAAAUGGAUUUGAGUGGAAUUGAAAUGUAUCGAUAUUAUCAACUUUUUACACCUGGAUUGAGUGAUCAAAGAUAAAAGAAUCACUGAAAAUUUACUUCAGAAAGUUGGUGGAAAAUCGAUCUUAAAAAAUUUAAAGAAAUAAUGCCGGCAUGGGAAGUGUCUGAAAAAUUAACCGUAGAUUUACAAUUGAGCUAGCACCAAAUAUGUCUGUACUUCACCUGGAGUUGCACUUUUGGACAAAUCUUAGUCACCUCAAACGAUGCCAGUUAUAUUUUUAGUGUGUAAUAUAAAAUCACUAUUAACACAGGUAGCUAACCUUGGGGCUAGCAUUCAAUGUCCUUAUUAUUUAUACCCUUGUCCCUUACCAACUGGUCAGUUUUAGUCCAUUUUCUAUUUGUACAUAAUUUUCAUAAUAAAAAUGUCUAUAUUUCA